GGACACGCCCUAGAUCUCUCCCUCCUUAAUCGGCCUAUCUUUACCAGAUGUACACAUAUAAACACACCUGCUUGUAUGAUCUGAGCUACAUGUACGCGUGUCUGUCCAGUUAAAGAGAAGCGACUCCAGCAGCACUCCUGUUCUCUGGUCAUCCUGUCAGAAAUGUCUGCAGAUUACUUUGGUUGGACCUAUAUACGGAGCAAUAAUGCAAGAAACGCUACUUCCACCGUGGCUCUCAACAAUCCGGGAGAUAUCAGCGUUAUUGUGAUUUACUUUUUGGUUGUCCUGGGUGUUGGAAUAUGGGCUAUGGUUAGCACGAACCGAGCCACAGUCGGUGGCUACUUCCUUGCAGGAAGGAGUAUGGUGUGGUGGCCGAUCGGCGCUUCGCUCUUCGCCAGUAACAUUGGCAGUGGCCACUUUGUAGGAAUUGCCGGGACUGCUCUAGCCAUUGGUGGAUUUGAAUGGAAUGCUCUUAUUGUGGUCAUCAUUCUGGGAUGGCUCUUUGUGCCCAUCUACAUUAAAGCUGGGGUGGUCACCAUGCCUGAAUACCUGAAGAAGAGAUUUGGAGGACAACGUAUUCGCAUCUAUCUCUCUGUGCUGUCCCUCUUCCUGUAUGUUUUCACCAAGAUCUCGGCGGACAUGUUCUCCGGUGCCAUUUUUAUCAACCAGGCUCUUGGGUUAAAUAUCUACCUAGCUGUUAUCAUGCUUCUGCUGAUUACUGCAUUGUACACUGUCACAGGUGGACUGGCUGCAGUGAUCUACACAGACACCUUGCAAACCAUCAUCAUGCUUGUUGGAUCAUUUAUCCUGAUGGGCUUUGCUUUCAAUGAGGUGGGAGGCUUUGAGAACUUCCAGCGGCUCUACAUGGAGGCCAUUCCUCAACUGACAACUAACAUCAGUGAAAAGUGCUACACACCUCGAGCAGACUCCUUCCAUAUUUUCAGGGAUGCAAUUACAGGAGACCUGCCCUGGCCUGGCCUGGUGUUCGGACUCACCAUUCAGGCCACCUGGUACUGGUGCACUGAUCAGGUUAUUGUCCAGCGCUGCCUCUCAGCCAAAAAUCUAUCUCAUGUUAAGGCAGGCUGUAUUUUAUGCGGUUACCUAAAGCUGCUGCCAAUGUUCCUCAUGGUUUUCCCCGGGAUGAUCAGCAGGAUUCUCUAUACUGAUGUGGUAGCUUGUGUGGAACCAGCUGAAUGUAUAAAAUACUGUGGCGCCAGUGUGGGCUGUACCAACAUUGCUUAUCCUAGAAUGGUGGUGGAGCUCAUGCCCAAUGGUCUGCGAGGUCUCAUGCUGUCUGUGAUGCUGGCCUCUCUGAUGAGCUCACUUACCUCGAUCUUCAACAGCGCCAGUACCCUCUUCACCAUGGACAUCUACACUAAAAUUCGCCGCUCUGCCAGGGAGAAGGAACUCAUGAUUGCUGGCAGAGUGUUUAUCUUGGCGCUGAUUGGUGUGAGCAUAGCAUGGAUCCCUGUGGUGCAGACAGCCCAGAGUGGACAGCUCUUUGACUACAUCCAGUCCAUUACCAGCUACCUCACCCCACCUGUUGCAGCCGUCUUCAUGCUUGCCAUUUUCUGCAAGCGUGUCAAUGAGUCUGGUGCAUUUUACGGCCUCACUAUUGGCUUGUGCAUCGGCCUGGCCAGGAUGUUUACUGAGUUUGGUUACGGGACAGGCAGCUGUGUUAACCCCAGUAACUGUCCCACCAUCAUCUGUGGAGUCCAUUACCUCUACUUCUCCAUCAUCCUGUUUGUUGUCUCCUGUAUCAUCAUCCUGGGAAUCUCUCUCAUGACCAAACCCAUCGCUGACAAGCAUUUGUAUCGACUGUGUUGGAGCCUGAGGAACUGUACAGAGGAGAGGGAGGACUUGGAACAGGAUGACUGGGUUGAUAACAAUGAUUCCGACUCAAUGGAUACAGAAGAACCUAACAAGAAGCCUGGCUUCUUUAAGAAGGCAUUGAUGUGCUUCUGUGGCCUGGAGGAGAAAAAAGCCCCCAAACUGACCGAAGAGGAGCAAGCAGAGUUGCAGAGAAAGCUCACAGACACCACAGAGGUGCCAAUGUGGAAGAAUAUCGUCAACGCCAACGCCCUCAUCCUCCUUUGUGUGGCUGUUUUCAUGCAUGGGUUUUUUGGUUAAAAACUGAUAUUACAAUGGUAGUGACAACAUUCAUUUUAUAAAUGUAAAUUAUUACCACAUGGACUGUUCAAAAGCCUGCGCGUAUGUUGUUUAUAGCACAU